GUUGUUCUCAGGUCUCACAAUCCUUUGUUCACUGUCGUAAAUUCUGAGAUAGCCUAUAGGAAGUGAGAGCAGAUAAGAAAAAAAGAUUUCUCAGUGCUGGGAUAAAGCGACAGUGGCCCACCCAAUCACAGCCCACGUCCAAAAUUUGAUGACGUCGCCAAAGGUGUAUUUACACCAGCCGUCUCCAAACAUCAAACACUCUCUAUAAACUCUCAACUAACAGAUUGUAUCAUAUAAUGGGUGGUCACGGAUAUAUGGGCUGGUGGGGUAACAUGGGUGGUCCCAAGCAAAAGGGUAUCACUACUUACGCCCUUUCACCCUUCGAACAAAAGCCUUUCGCCGGUGUUUCUCGCGCCAUGAUCUUCAACACCUCUCGCAGAGUCUCUGCUCAAAUUCCCUACAUUGGUGUCGCCUUCGGUAUCGGUUACGGAAUCUACACCUGGGCUACCGCUCGCCACGAGUACCUUCUUUCCAAGGCUGGUCAUGCUGAAGCUGCUGGUCACUAAAAAAAUCGAAAGCAUUUUGCUUUGAUUACUCAAAUAUAACUUUUUGUAUUGCUCAUUGUUUUUACAAAACCUGAAUAGAAAAAAAAAAUACUACACACAAUCUAUAUACCGCGGCAUGGAAAGGAUGAAGCCAUUGUCUGUGAAAAAACGGAUGUUUUGUUCAGGCAUUUGGGGGAAGCUUGUCAACGUGAACGCAUUGAUCCCC